CAACACUGCUCAUUAACAGUUCUCACUCACCAACAUGCUGGAAGAAGACAAUGAUGAGACAUGUUGGAAUAACCUGGAGAACUUCCGGGUGAAGCUGAUCUCUGUGAUAGAUCCUUCCCGUAUAACACCCUACCUUCGCCAGUGCAAAGUGAUCAACCAUGAUGAUGAGGAACAAGUUCUUAAUGACCCCAGCCUGGUCAUGCGCAAACGGAAGGCAGGUGUUCUUCUGGACAUUCUUCAGCGAACGGGACACAAGGGCUUUGAGGCGUUUCUGGAGAGUCUUGAGCUUUAUUAUCCACAACUGUAUAAGAAAAUAACUGGCAAGGAGCCCAGCAGGGUUUUCUCUAUGAUUAUAGACACAGCUGGGGAAUCUGGCCUGAGCCAGCUCCUGAUGAACGAGAUCAUGAAACUGCAGAGCACCAUGCAGGAGGAGCGGCGGAAGGCCCAGGAGCUCACCAUGUGGCUGCACACCAAAGAGGACACGAUCAGAGAGAUGUGGGUGAGGGACAGCCUGCUCCGCAAGCACCAGGAGCGGGCACAGAAGAUGAAGGAGGAGAGGGACAGCCUGAGCAAGGAGCUGCGGAAGUGCAAGGAUGAGAACUACAACCUGGCAAUGAGCUAUGCCAAACAGAGCGAGGAGAAGAGCGCUGCCCUCAUGAAGAACCGGGACCUGAUCCUAGAGAUUGAUCACUUGAAGCACAGCCUCAUGAAGGCGGAGGAUGACUGCAAACUGGAGCGUAAGCACACGAUGAAACUGAAGCAUGCCAUAGAGCAGCGUCCAAGCCAUGAGGUGGUGUGGGAGAUUCAACAGGAGAAGGAGUUGCUCCUGGCCAAGAAUCAGGAACUGGAGAACACUCUCCAGCAGGUUGCAAGGGAACAGAAUUUGGAGAAGAGCCUCUCCAGUGAGACUCUGGAGAAAGAUUGUAGCCAGAUACUAGAAGAACGCCAGGAGCUGAUGAACACCAUUUACAGCCUUCGCAAGGAGCUGCGGCGAGCUGAGGCUUUGUCUCAACAGUAUGCAGAGGAAAAAGAGAUGCUUGAACUGCAGUGCACAUCUCUGAGGAAGGACUCCCAGAUGUAUAAAAAACGGAUUGAAGCUGUCUUGCAGCAGAUGGAGGAAGUGGCUUCCGAAAGAGACCAGGCCCUCCUGACCCGAGAACAGUUCUAUACACAGUACUCCAAGAACCUGGUUGAGAGGGACGCUUACCGCAAGCAAAUUCGGGAACUGGGGGAGCGAUGUGACGAAAUGCAACUGCAGCUCUUCCAAAAGGAGAGUCAGUUGCUGGCUACUGAAGCCAAGCUGAAAAGGUUGCAACUGGAGCUACCCACACUGACCUCUGACCUGGAUGAUACCUCCUCCAGAGAUUCCCAGGAACUUACUCUUCAUGGUCAUCUAGAUGAAGAUACACAGCCGACUAAAAAAGAUUGCCCUGAAGGACAAACCCAGCAAUUUAGCACACGAGAGAGCAGUCUGCCUCCAAAGUCACCCAGUUUCAAGGAGCAUGGCUUAGCCAGUGAGGAACUGGCAGAAAAGGAGCGGAGGAGGAUGAAGGACUGCUUUGAGCGUUGCAGAAGAAAAAGAGCCAUGCGACGAGUACCGAAGGGCCGACACCACGAGGCCGACUGGGAGAACACCACCGGCAGCGACAACACCGACACCGAAGGCUCCUGAGCGCGGGAGCCAGGCUGCGAGGGCAACACCGGCCUGGUCCGGGGGCCGCCAUCCCCUCUCUAGUCCUCUCUCCGUGGACUACUUGGAUUUCAGAGCCAUCUGAGCAAACAUUUGUCAAACGUUAUG